UCCUGCAUCGUAGCAACACGAUGCGAGAUGUUCACCUCAGCAAUGAGACGUGCAGUAACGGGUCGGUGGUUCGGCUGUGGUGUGGCUUCCAGUCCGCCGUGUGUGUGGUCAGUGGAGAUCAGCUGUUCAGCUCACAGCCAGACAACAACACUCAGACAACAGAUUUACAGACUCAGACUUCCUACAACCUGUGGCUCGGCCUGACGCUCGCCCUGCUCUCCGCCUUCCUGAUUGGAGGAAGCGUCAUCUUGAAGAAGAAAGCUCUCCUCCGAUUGGCCAGCAACGGACACACCAGAGCAGGUGAUGGAGGCCACGGCUACCUGAAGGACUGGCUGUGGUGGGGAGGCCUGUUAACCAUGGGAGCAGGAGAAGUGUGUAACUUUGCUGCCUACAUGUUCGCUCCGGCCACGCUGGUGACUCCGCUGGGCGCUCUGAGCGUGCUCAUCAGUGCAGUUCUCUCCUCCCACCUGCUGGGGGAGGUGUUGAACGUGGUGGGGAAGCUCGGCUGUCUGCUCUGCGUGCUCGGAAGCGUCUUGCUGGUUAUCCAUGCCCCACAGGAAAGGGAAGUGACAUCACUAGAGGAUAUGUCCAACAAGUUGCUGGAACCUGGUUUCCUGGUGUACAUGACCCUGGUGUUGUUGCUGUGUGCCGUGCUCGUGCUGUAUUUCUCUCCACGGGUCGGUCGCUCUAACAUCCUCGUCUACAUCAGCAUCUGCUCGCUGCUUGGAGCUUUCACUGUCUCCUCUGUGAAGGGCCUCGCCAUUGCCAUCAACACUGUGGUUUAUGAUAUUUCUGUGCUUGCCAAUCCCCUCACCUGGAUCCUGCUGGUCACUCUCAUCGUCUCCAUAGUAACACAGGUGAACUACCUGAACAAGUCUCUGGACACCUUUAACACCCUGCUGGUCUACCCCAUCUACUACGUCCUCUUCACCUCCGUGGUUCUCUGCUCCUCCAUCAUCCUCUUCCAGGAGUGGAGGAGCAUGGCUACUGUGGACGUGGUCACCACGCUGGGAGCCUUCAUAGUCAUUGUAGUGGGCGUGGCCAUGCUCCACCUCUUCAGAGACCUGCAGGUGACGAUGAAAGAGCUGACCAAUCAGCUGUCUCAGCCGGUGGAGAGGGAGGAGCUCUCAGCCAAUGGGGGACCGGCAGUUGAAGGAGGGAGGAGUCGGAAUAAAAAAGAGGAUAAAUACGGACUGAUGGACAACAUGAUGAUAGAGAGUCUUCCUCCUAUGAGAGAGGACGGACCCAGAGUCUUCAUCAUCAGCUGAGAGACACCAACGAAGAAGAAGAAACACAGACACAGGUUUGUGUUUCCUGUCUGGACUUUGUAGUCCACACUGAUCUGAUGUGUAGUCCUGACUCUGACGAUGAUGUGCACUGAUUUAAAGGUGUGGUCCUCUGGUUUGACGGCAUUAGGGUUCAACUCUGAGGUCCAUCAGCUCUCAGUGACCAGCUGCUGGUCCGGUUUAGACUUCAUCUCUUUC